CAUACUCGAACGUAAUUCAUUGUUUGUUCUAAGUCGUGGCAACGUCGUCAUUUUCAUUGCGGUUACGUAUUUCCUUCCUUUACCCAAUGGUUAAAACACGAUUGUACGUACUUACGUACAUAGGUAACAAUCAGCCGAGACAAUUUUCAGUCACGUUGUACGCCGUUAUCAGGAAACUCUAUCGAUUAUUCUUCUUUCUUCUCCCAACCGUCGGCCAUAUGUUACUGUGUACAUAUGUACGUUUGUGAUAUCGUUUUAUAAAUACAAUGGAGGAUUAAAAAGACGGAUAGUCAACGAUUCUCGGUUAGUUCAUUCGAUCCUAUAGAUCCUUGAUCUACUCGAACACUCGUCGACCGUAUUACCUUGAAAUUCAAUGAUGGGAUUCGUAAAUAUUAGAAAUGAAGAAACGAAAGAUUAUAAAGGGAAAAUAUGUGAUUUUUGAGAGAGAGUGUGUGUGUGUGUGUGUGUGAGAGAGAAAGAGAAAGAAAGAGAGAGAGAGAGAGAGAGAGAGUAAAAGAGAACUCUAACGUCAGCAACGAGCAACUUUAUCCUUAUCGCAUUGGAGACUAAGGAGAUAAGGAAAGUGACGGGUCAGACGAGGACGAACAGUACGAUGUUUCUCUUAGUAGAUCGUGUAUUAGUCUCACGCUGUGUUCCUCUUCGAUUAAUAGUUAUUUUGGAUUAUAUAUCGAAUUAUCAAAGGUGACAGUGACGAAAAUCUCUUAUCUCGCAUCGACAUAGAAAAAGAAAAGAAAGAAUUUUAAUCGCUGAAUCAUCGUGUUCGUAUCAAUGUCAUCGAUCGAGUGAUUCGUGUAGACAUAAUGGACAACGUAUGAUAUGUAAUAAAAAAAAAUAUAUACGCGCGCGCACAUAUAUACAUGACGAACACACGCAAAGUAUUGUUCGAACAAAAUCGAAAAGUGUAGAUACUUUAAUCAUUUAGUAGUACGAAUCUUAAUAACGAUUCAAUGAGUACAUCCUACACACAUAAUAUAUAUAUAAGUUGGAUGAUAUCGACUACUGGGAACACACUGGUUAACGAUUUCUCGUGACGAUAUCUUUUCCGAAUUAAUAUAUAUAUAUUAGAAUGAGAAAACGAAAUUGAAAAAAAAAAAAUAGAGAUUUCAUUAGACGCGCGAUAACCACUGCUACAUCAUCUUCCGUAUCGUUGCUGUUACUAAUUAAUUCUAGCCAAUUAACACCAAAGUACGCGCCAAGAACAUAACCGAAGUAUCUUCUGAGAGUCACGACGACCUUCCUCGUAAAUUAGCUUUUAACGUUGCAACGCGAGAGAGAAGGAACAUCGUCUGUUUCUUCGAGAUCGCAGUAAAAUUGUCAAAUCUAUUCGUUUCCUCAAAUACAUAAAAUAUAACGUGUGUGUGUAUAUGUAUGUAUGUAUAUGUAUACAUGAUAUCUAAAGAAUCAAAGCUUCUCUUCCUUUCUCCUUUUUUCUCUUUCGUAUUUAUCUCCGUAUAUAAAAUCACGUUUCACGGUGUACCUUCAUAAACUUCCGAUUGAACAAAUUUUUUUUUUUUAAUAUUCGAACGUUCUUUCUCUGGAUCUUUUAAUAUUAAAAAUUUCUUUUCCUUUUCUUCUUUUUUUUCAAAUUUUUUUUUUUCUAGAAGUACUUUUCCUUUUUUUUUUCUUUUUACGUAAACGAUAACAACCACCGGGAUGAGUUAAGAUUAGAGAAUAUUGGAAGCGCAAAGUUUAUCGACGAUCCAUGAAAUUAUCGGACCCGUCGAUCUUUUACCCUUCUGAGAUCGUGCAGCACGAAUUGGCCAUGAAACUACUACAAGGAGCCACCAUUGCCAGCUCGGUUCUGUCUAUUUUAUCUACCAAAGAUUGAAAAUAACGGAAAAGAAAACAUGUUAUAUAUGUAUGUAUGUGUGUACGGUGUUGUUUCGAUAUUGUCACUAAAUUUCUUAUCGAUUUUAUUACGUAUUCUAAAGGACGGUCAAAGUCGAAACGAAACGAAACGAAACGAAACGUAUCAUAACGUAACGAAACGAAAUCAUCGAGUUGUGUGUUAAAAUAAAUUUCGAGUAGAGAGAAACAUUCGGUAUGAAGAAUUCGAACGGAGGUGUUAGUGUGUGAACGUUCUAAAGGAGAAAAAAGGGAAAUAAAAUUGUAUCAAGGAUGUCGUGCAGAAAGAAAAUCGAUUCGAAGCUUUGGCUCAAUUACACGCAAGCGUAUUGUUCACCAACUAAGCUAUUCGUGCAUCGUGAUAACAGUUAUCGGCUACAAAUUCCAUAUUAAGAGACUGGAAUCUUACGAGCAACGAGUUUCUAAGAUGGAAACCGAAGUUCGAACGUUAAAGGAAGAGUUAGCACAUACUCAAGAAACGUUAAAAGCUGCGACGAAAAGAUGUCGAGAUUUGGUGAGAGAAUUGGACAAUCGUACCGCAAUAUACGAAUCCGAAAGGACGUUAAGGGAUCAACAGUUAUCACGGAUUUUACGUGCACUGUUGAUCCUACAAGCUCGACUGAAGCAAGAACAAAAGUCGAUUAGACAGGUAUUAUGUGAAAAGGAUAACGUUAUUAGGAAUCAACAAUUGGAAAUCGCUAGGCUAAGACGUUACACCAAAAAUUAUAUCAAAUCUAAGCGUGAGCAGAUAUUAGGGAGGACAUCGAGUAUAAAGGUCAACAUUGGUCCUAACGUUGAUAAGAGUUCUUCGUUGGAGAAGACUGAAAAACUCGAGAAUGAAAUCGACUCGAGACAAGACGACGAUGAUCUCAGUAAAGAGAUCGAGAAUCUCAAGUGUGAAAUUAUCACGAAACUCGAUUCUUCCGAGGUAAUACCAGUAGCUUUGGAGAACUUGGAUCGUGGGAUCAAGAAGACAUAUAGUUUUGCGGGUAGCGACGUUUCGAAGACGAGUAUGACGAGUAGCGAAAAUACAGAUGCAUCUAUCGUUACCACCACUACGGAGGGUAGUCCAUCGUUGAUUAGUACGGAAGGAUUUUGCGAGGGUGAGAGUACGGAUGUAUCACCGGGUUCGACCUUGAACAAAUCGAACAGGUGUACACCAACAACAGUAACGGAUAGUGAAAACGAGACGACUAUGAUAUUCGAUGAGGAUAACAACGAGUUGGAUGACGACGAGGGGGAAGACGAAGACGAGGAAUAUAACGAGAAUAUCAAUGAUGAUAACGAGAGAGAAACAUUAUUGGUCGGUGAGGUUGCAUUUAAUUCGACGAAGAGGAAAAGUUGUUUAGGUAGAUCGAAAUCUCAAAAAGGUUCGACGAAAGGCUCGAUAGUUGGUACGAAUAUUAUAAGAACGGAAAGUAAGGACGACGGUAUGGAUUGUAAUUUUGUCUCGGAGGACGAGGAGAAGGAACAAGAACCGAUAUACGUUAAUUCCUGCAACGAGAACAAUGCGAAAAAUUUGGAACAUUCGAAUGGGAGAGUCGUGCCCGAAAUUUGUCAGAAUUAUACCAAUAACAAUAACGAUACUUCGAUCGAAGUCGAGACGACGGAUGAACAGAAUACGGAAGAGACUAGUGGUAAUUGGUAUAGCGAUCCUGACGAAGAUAAAACUAAUGACGACGUAUUCAGGCAUACUUCAUAUCGGUCGAAUAGUAAUCAUAAUUCCGUCCUUGAAUGUGUCAAUCAAAUACUUUUGAGGGAUAUGGAAGACGAGGAUCGUGUUCUUUCGGUACCGAGGAGAUUUAAACACAGAGGUAGGACAGUGAGGUUUCAACCGGCCAGAUUAUCGGAUAUCGAAUCGGUUGGUUCAGAAAUGGAAAGGAAAAAUUCUGAAGAAGGUUUGAUGGAAAAGGAGACUCUCAGUGGUGAUUUUAGCGAUCAAAGAUCGAUGAACGUUGCCAGUUUCGAGGCCACAGCUUCCGAGGACGAAUAUGGCAUGAGAAUAACUCAUCCGGUUGAUCCGAACGAAGUGGUCAAUUCUACCGUAGAAUCUGUUCUCGAGGAUGACCCUGAAGAACCAAAAGUUAUACCGAUCGUAAUUAUAGAGCCAAAGGUCGAACCAGAAGAAAUAAAAAAUUCAGGUCUUGCCUCGUCAACGCAGAAGCCAAAAAUACCUAUCCAAUCGGUUAGUCCACCGCUUAGAAUGGAAAGAAUCGAAGAGAAGACGUGUUUGCAGAUGUCGACGAAACGUUUGACCAUAGCUAAGAAUCUUGAUUACGAGGACAUCGAGUCCUUGCCAGAAGUUAUAUUGCCAUCGCCUAAAACUCCACCGGCGUUACCACCGAAGCCACAGUUUCGAAAUAAUACCUUGAUAUUAAAGAAAAUACCAAGCCCGUCGUUUUUGAUUGACGAAACAAGGAAGAAAUUGUCAGAGGUGAGCUCCGUUGCACAUGGAAAAAAGAUCUUCACUCUCAUCGGUUCACCGAUCGAAUCUUCAUCGACGAUCGCAAAGACGUCUGUUAAAAAUUUAAACUUUGACGAAACGGCUACGAAAAAUGUUGCUAACAACGAGGAUGGUAAUUUUUGGAAAAAUCGAUUCAAUAACGUUCGCUCGUCCUUUCAAUCGCGGCAUUCCAACGAGAAGAAUGUCGUCCAUCGAUCACGCAAGAUUCCAAGGGUUACAAACAUAGUGCGACACUUUGAGGAAUUUAAAAUUGGCGGAGAGAACGAGGAACGAUCUAAGGAACGUAGCAAACCGAAGGAGAGAUACGUUCGCACGGAAUUCGGUCAAGAAUUCGAUAUAAGGCAAAACUUUGAGGAAUUCAACCUCGAUGAAUGCGAUCUUUCGGAUGAUCCAAAUCGGCCGGAAGCCGAUGGUUCGGAACGACUUAGUAACAAUCAUCUCGUAGUUCCAGUUAGUCAAAAUGAAACUAAUAACGCACUGACCAAAGACAAUAAUAAUCAUCCUACGACUGCUACGAAUAAUGCGAAUACUGGUUAUGACAAUUUCUUAGAAGCAACGGGUCUGAGCAACAAAUCCAUAUUAACACCUUCGAGAUUAUUGAGUAAUCAUAAGAGUAUGCUUAAACCUAAGGACGUUAAGUAUAAGAACAAAAUAAAAGCUACGGCGAUUUUAGAAAAACAUAAUGCCUCGACGUCUAACACUACUACGACGACGAUGUCGACGACAACGACGACAACGACGACGACGACGACGACGACGGCGACGGCGACGACGUCGACGUCGAUGUCAACGACGACGACGUCGACGACAACGACGACCACAACGACACAUGUCAGACAUUGGACUGGUCCAUUCGUCUGAUGAUUAAUUGAACGUUUUUCUAAAAGUUAUACCAUUUACAAACAAGAGGAGAAUGAUUUGUUAGAAAGAGUCUUUUGAAGAUUAAUAUUAUAAAUUAUUUUAGAUUUGAAAUAUAUCGAUUCCCGUUAUGCAAAGCUAAUCAAAUGUGCUUGCAAAUUUUUCCUGUGUAUAUGUGUGUGUGUGCAUAACUAAUAUUCUCAAUAUGUUCCGUUCGUCGUUGAAUGAUUCCUAGAGAUAUAUAUCCAAUGGAUUAUUAAUUACUGUUUUUAAAAUAUACCCUAUGGUAUUUCUGUAUAAUUGUAAACAACAAAAAUUGUAGUCACUUUUAUAUUAUUAUUGUAAUAGUUCAAUUGAAAGAGAAAAGUAUUUAUAUGUGUAUGCUAAAAAAUAUCUAUUUUGUUUUUCUUUUUUUUUUUCUUAUUUUUUUUUUCUUCUAUUUCUGCUAGCCUUAAGAAUAAUAUAAUAAUAUCGCUUAUUAAUAAUAGUAGUAAUACUAAUAAUAGUAAUAGUAAUAAUAAUAAUAAUAAUAGUAAUAGUAAUAGUGAUAAUAAAGAAUACAAUUUUUCGAUCCAACGAAAAAACUAUGCUACGACUCGGUAGAGUUUUAA